AUGAGCGCCUCCGAUCGCGAAUCCAGGGCCAGCGAAAGCAGUCGCGAAUCUAGCACGACGCCGGAGCCCCCAAGGAAGAAAAUCCGGUUUUCAACGCACGAAGGUCCUCAGAUCGAGCUCCGACCUAUUACCAUUCGCGUCGGGAGCACAGACGAUGAGUUCUACAUUCAUGAGAAGCUGCUCCGCUCCACAUCAUCCUUCUUCGACAAUGCGCUCAAAGAGGGCUGGAAAGAAGGCCAAGGCGGUAUUAUCAGACUAUCUGAGGUCGAGCCGGCCAUAUUCACGAUUUGGACAAAGUGGCUUUACACGGGUCGAAUGUUUGUCAUGAAAGAUGGGGACGAUAGAAUUGGUCCCGACGGCGACUCUUACAGCGGGGAAUGGGAUCGUCUUAGAGAUUGCUAUGCCUCGGGAGACUUCCUUCAGGAUUCCGACUUCAAGGAUGCGACGAUAGAUGCCCUCGUUACCAGGAUGGUGGAGACCGAUUGCUACCCGCUGGGGCUUGCACGAUACAUCUACGACUACUCCAAUAAAGGCUCGGCACAUCGGCAAUUGGCUAUUGAUACGUGCGUGCGAGUUUGGGACAGGGACGACUACGCGGAUUUGCUUACAGAAGACGAAUUCAAUAACGCAUUCCAACCGCGGCAAUUUUUGUGCGACGUUCUGGCCAAGAUUGGCCCAAAUCUUGAGACGGGUAUAAAGGAAAAGGACGCUGGGAAAUUCUUUGACUUGAACGAUACGUGCAAGUACCACGAUCAUGGGUCAGACAAGCCCUGCUACAAGAUGAAGCCUGCAUUCAAUUUCUAG